AUGCCUGGGAGCUGCUUACAGAAUGAUGUGUCCCUUCCUGCCUGCAGGAUGGGGGCCAUGAAGCCAGCACUGGCCUUGCUGUCCCUGGCCUACCUACUGCACACAGCCGCCACCCUGAAAAUCUGCGCUUUCAACAUCAAGAGCUUUGGAGACAGCAAGCUGUCUGACGAGACCACUGCGGGCAUCAUUGUGAAAAUCCUGUCACGGUACGACAUCGCCCUGGUGCAGGAGGUGCGGGACGCCGAUCUCAGUGCCGUGACCAGCCUCCUGGACCAGCUCAACAGUGCAUCAAAGCAUCAGUACAGCUAUGAGAUCAGCGAGCCCCUGGGUCGAGAGAACUACAUGGAGAUGUACCUUUUCAUCUACAGGACGCAGGUGGUGUCUGUAGUGGCCACGUACCAGUACCCAGACCCAAGCAACACCUUCAGUCGGGCGCCCUUCAUCGUGAAGUUCUCGUCCCCCAACUCGAAGGUGCAGGAGUUUGUGCUGGUGCCCCUGCAUACACCCCCCAGCGAGGCUGUGGCAGAGAUUGACGCCCUCUACGAUGUCUACUUAGAUGUCAUUGACAAGUGGGGGACUGACAAUAUCAUGUUCCUGGGAGACUUCAACGCCGACUGCUCCUACGUCAAGAAAGGGGACUGGGGGUCCAUCCGCCUGCGCACCAGCGAGGUGUUCGAGUGGCUCAUCCCUGACAGUGCAGACACCACCGUUGGGAAGUCAGACUGCGCCUACGACAGGAUUGUGGUGUGUGGCUCCAAGCUGAAGAAAAGCAUCAAGCCCAAGUCUGCUGCUGUCUAUAAUUUCCAACACACUUUCAAACUGGAGGAUGCCGAGGCCCUGGCUGUCAGCGACCAUUUCCCCGUGGAGGUGAUGCUGAAGGCUCACUGAAGCUCCAGGCUGCCUUCACCAGCACCUGCUCAGAAUCCUCUCCCGCUGCAGCAGUGGAGCCUGGCUGCCCAGCCCCACCAACUGUAACUAUCAGCCCAAAAGGACCCUCAGCACCAGCAUUUGCCAUCCCUUCAGGACAACUGCAUUGGCUGAACCAGCCCUCCUCGUGCAGUCAGGGUUUAAGUCAAUGCCACGUUAGCAAAAGAUGCCGGCGUGGCAGCCCUGAUGCCUGAUGUCCUUACCCACAGGACAGCCAGCACAAGCAGCUGGCAGGCCCAUCUGCCACCCAUCAUAGCCUGGCUCUGCAGCAGCCCAGUUGUAAGCAGGGUUCAAUCUACCAGGCCCAUUCAGCCCUCGGCAGCACCCUCCAUCUAUCAGACCUUCAGCUACUAUGAACCUGGGCUGGACUCCAACUGCAGCCUGAUUUCCAAGCAAUACUUGCCUGGAAGGAUGCACUUGGUCCCAGGGUUUCCUUAUCCAAAAUUACUGUAUGCGUAAACACUGUAACUUGUGGCCUC